AUGGUCGUUCCAAAGAAGCCUGUCUCAAAACGUCUGAAGAAAACCUCAUCAUCAUUUAAACGAUCAUCAGGAUCACACAGCAAUGCUGUACGCCCGUCCACAAGCUCACAUGCGAUCUUUCCCGUGUCCCUUACGUGUGAAGAGCGAGCUGAACUGCAACAGUUAGCCCAGCUGGUACCAGUAGCAAAUACCAGAGUAGCCAAUGAUCCUUGCGCACUUUUACGGGCUGCCGCUCUGUACAUAGAUCAGUUGAGGACUACUGUGGCUGUUCGAGUUCGGAAUGGAACUUUACCAAGAGUCGGCCGGAUAUUUCAAAUGGAACAGCCAAUUGUUAAGGGACGGCAAGCAACAGCUGCCGAUAAACGGAGAUAA